GUACACCUGGGACGACCACUACUUAGUGCCAGCUUCCACCUGCCAGAGCCCGCGAUUUACCGCGCUGAGCUUGCAAGACUCUCCCGAAUGGUCGAACACCAGCGACGUCGAGGCGGAUGCCGAACGUCGCCUCGCGACGAAUUCUUCCGAGGAGACGUCUGCCACAGAGCCUUCUGCUACGCAUCCAAGCCCUCCGUGCGAAGACAACGACGCGGGCUAUCAGACGGAGGAGAACAACCCCAACAUCACCUGUCACAGUGACGCCCUGCAUGCCUGCCGCACCGAUCUCGGAAUCACGCACUGCGCCAAGACCUGCGGCUAUUGCUCGCCGUUUACCUACGAGCAGUUGAAGCGCUUUGACAAGCCGCAGCUGACCAUGUUGCCCUCCGUUGUCUACCAGUCCCGCCUGGCCACGACUGACUGUCGGGGAUUCGCAUCCUGGUUUCAGACGCAAAACUACAACCCGGUCCUCUCCCUAUUGCCGGCGCUCGAUGGGCAGAAGAACGGCACACUCUUCACCUGCGUUGACCGGUUGAAGCAGUACGACGAAGAGUAUGCCUUCUACUUAGAGUGCCCGACGAACAUGCCGUCCACGCGCUGUGCCGAUGGCAGGCUGGGAUUGACUUCGAAGCAGAACUUCCACGGUACCAGCGUGUAUCCGACGAUGUUAAUCGAGAGUGCCAGGGACCUACAAGCGAUGCAGAAGGUGGGCUGGAUCGAUGUGCAGACAGAGAAGGUCGCCAUCAGCACGAUGAUCUACACCGAGAAUAUUGAGAUGUUCACCUCCCUCACCGUGGAGUUUGCUUUCGACUAUGCGGGCAACAUCGCGGGCUCCGUGCAGAUGAUCAGUUAUCGAGACCUGGUGCACUCGGCGUCGGACAGUUUCUUUGCCCUUCUGCUGACGACCUGCAUAGCUGCAUCUCUCAGCGUCGUUUCUCUGACGGUGUAUCUGAUUCGGCACCCCGAAACCUGCAGCUGGGGGUUGGUAAUCUUCGAGAUCUUCUCCCGCGCUCUAUUUCUCGUUUAUCCGUCGAUACUCCUGGUGACGUGGACGCAGCAGGCGUACAUGUCCCAUGAGUUUGAGAGUCUCCUGCAGACCUUCCUCAACUCGCGCGGUUUGAGCGAGGAGCACUUGACCAAAAGCCUGGCGAAAUACUUCGAGGUGAAGACGGAAAUAUACGAGGAGGUCGAGUGGCUGGAGACACAUCGGCUGGCAUCCUACAUCAUGCUCUAUGUGCAGUUUCUGCAGGCGGUUCUGUACUUCAGCGCCCACCCACGGGUCGCCAUGCUCACCCGCACCGUGAAGAAGGCCCUGUGGAACAUGGUGCACUUCUUCGUGGUCUUUGCCAUCUUGUUCCUGAUGUUGGCAUUUAUGGCCCAUUUCCUGCUCGGUGGGACAGUGCACCUUUUUGGCACCUUCCCGGCAGCGUGUGCAACGCAAGUGCGAAUGCUGUUUGGUGAGUUCAUCUUCGUUGAUGGUGCCGAGAAGCUCUCAGGAAGCAUGAGCGCCAUGUACUGGGUCUAUGCUGCAUCCUUUAUGCUGGUCGCCGCCGGAGGCGUGGACAAGAUCAAGAAUGAGAACCCCAGAGCCCAGAAGGAGGAGCUCCUUGAAAGGUACCUCUUGCAAGCGGACGUCGUUCUGGCAAGGCUAUCUUCCCAGAAGCCAGUUGAGAAGCCGAGGAUGACGAAGCACCCAGUCUACGGUGAAGCGAUCGUGAGAGCAGAAGCCGCGCAUCAGAACGGCCUGGAGUCUUUCCCAGUCUUUGCGGCCGGAAUCCUGGGUGCCACUCUGAUGGGCGUGGACAAGGCAACAGUGGGUAAGCUUGCAAGCUUUCACCUCCUGUGCCGGGCCGGCUUCAACGUCUUGUACAUGGGCUUCAACACACCAGGGCCUGCUCUCGGUCGCACCCUCGCAUGGUUCCUCUCGCUUUUCAGCUCCUGUCAAUUGAUUGCCCUGGCUUUGGAUGCCUUUGAGGAGGAGAGGGAGAGGAG